AUGGACGUGGACGUGCACGUGGACGUGGACGUGGUCGUGGUCGUGGACGUUGACGUGGUCGUGGACGUUGACGUGGACGUGGACGUGGACAUGGACGUGGACGUUGACGUGGACGUGGACGUGGACGUUGACGUGGACGUGGACGUGGACGUGGACGUUGACGUGGACGUGGACGUGGUCGUGGAUGUGGACGUUGACGUUGACGUGGUCGUGGACAUGGAGGACUUGGACUUGGACGUGGAGGACUUCGACGUGGACGUUGAGGACAUGGUCGUGGACGUGGUCAUGGACGUGGAUGUGGACGUGGACGUGGACGUGGACGUGGUGGAGGACGUGGACGUGGACGUGGACGUGGAGGACUUCGACGUGGACGUGGACGUGGACGCGGACGUGGAUGUGGACGCGGACGUGGACCUGGACUUGGACGUGGACGUGGACGUAGACGUGGUCGUGGACGUGGACGUUGUCGUGGACGUGGUCGUGGACGUGGACGUGGUCGUCCACGACGUGGACUUGGACAUGGACGUGGACGUGGACGUGGUCGUGGACGUGGAGGACUUGGACGACUUGGACUUGGACGUGGACGUGGACGUGGACGUGGACGUGGACAUGAUCGUGGACGUGGAGGACGUAGACGUGGACGUGGACGUGGGCAUGGACGUGGACCUGGACGUGGACGUGGACGUGGUCGUGGACGUGGACGUGGACGUGGACGUGGACGUGGUCAUGGACGUGGACGUGGUCGUGGACGUGGAGGACUUGGACUUGGACGUGGACAUGGACGUUGACGUGGACGUGGUCAUGGUCGUGGUCGUGGACGUGGACGUGGACGUGGACGUGGGCCUGGACGUAGACAUGGACGUGGACGUGGCCGUGGUCGUGGACGUGGACGUGGACAUGGACGUGGUCCUGGACGUGGACGUGGACAUGGACUUGGACGUGGACGUGAACGUGGACGUGGACGUGGUCGUGGUCGUGGACGUGGUCGUGGACGUGGAUGUGGACGUGGUCGUGGACGUGGACGUGGACGUGGACGAGGAGGACGUGGACGUGGAGGACGUGGACGUGGACGACGUGGACGUGGAGGACUUCGACGUGGACGUGGACGUGGAGGACUUCGACGUGGACGUGGACGUGGACGUGGACGCGGACGUGGACGUGGACGCGGACGUGGACCUGGACUUGGACGUGGACGUGGACAUAGACGUGGUCGUGGACGUGGACGUCGACAUGGUCGUGGACGUGGUCGUGGACGUGGACGUGGACUUGGACGUGGACGUGGACGUGGUUGUGGAUGUGGACGUGGACGUGGUCGUCCACGACGUGGACUUGGACUUGGAGGUGGACGUGGACGUGGACGUGGACAUGAUCGUGGACGUGGAGGACGUAGACGUGGACGUGGACAUGGGCGUGGACGUGGACCUGGACAUGGACGUGGACGUAGUCGUGGACGUGGACGUGGUUGUUGACGUGGACGUGGACGUGGUCGUGGACGUGGACGUGGUCAUGGAGGACGUGGACGUGGUCGUGGACGUGGUCGUGGACGUGCAGGACUUGGAGGUGGACGUGGACGUGGACAUGGACAUGGUCGUGGACGUGGACGUGGUCGUGGACGUGGACGUGGACUUGGACGUGGACGUGGACGUGGACGUGGACGUCGUCGUGGACGUUGACAUGGAUGUGGACGUGGACGUGGACGUGGACGUGGUCGUGGACGUGGACGUGGACGUGGACGUGGUCGUGGACAUGGACGUGGACGUGGACGUGGUCGUGGAGGACGUGGACGUGGACGUGAACGUGGACGUGGACGUGGUCGUGGACGUGGACGUGGACGUGGUUGUGGACGUGGACGUGGACGUGGACGUAGACGUGGACGUGGUCAUGGACGUGGACGUGGACGUUGACGUGGACGUGGACGUGGACGUUGACGUGGACGUGUACGUGGUCGUGGACAUGGAAGACUUGGACUUGGACGUGGAGGACUUGGACGUGGACGUUGAGGACAUGGUCGUGGACGUGGUCAUGGACGUGGACGUGGACGUGGACGUGGACGUGGACGUGGUGGAGGACGUGGACGUGGACGUGGAGGACUUCGACGUGGACGUGGACGCGGACGUGGACGUGGACGCGGACGUGGACCUGGACUUGGACGUGGACGUGGACGUAGACGUGGUCGUGGACAUGGACGUCGACGUGGUCGUGGACGUGGUCAUGGACGUGGUCGUCCACGAUGUGGACUUGGACAGGGACGUGGACGUGGACGUGGACGUGGUCGUAGACGUGGAGGACUUGAACGUGGACGUGGACGUGGACGUGGUCGUGGUCGUGGACAUGGACGUGGACGUGGUCGUCCACGACGUGGACUUGGACUUGGACGUGGACGUGGACGUGGACGUGGACAUGAUCGUGAACGUAGAGGACGUAGACGUGGACGUGGAUGUGGACGUAGACGUGGACGUGGUCGUGGACGUGGACGUGGACGUUGACGUGGACGUGGACGUGCACGUGGACGUGGGCGUGGUCGUGGUCGUGGACGUUGACGUAGUCGUGGACGUUGACGUGGACGUGGACGUGGACGUGGACGUGGACGUUGACGUGGACGUGGACGUGGACGUGGACGUGGACGUGGUCGUGGAUGUGGACGUUGACGUUGACGUGGUCGUGGACAUGGAGGACUUGGACUUGGAGGUGGAGGACUUGGACGUGGACGUUGAGGACAUGGUCGUGGACGUGGUCAUGGAUGUGGAUGUGGACGUGGACGUGGACGUGGUGGAGGACGUGGACGUAGACGUGGACGUGGAGGACUUCGACGUGGACGUGGAUGUGGACGCGGACGUGGACGUGGACGCGGACGUGGACCUGGACUUGGACGUGGACGUGGACGUAGACGUGGUCGUGGACGUGGAUGUGGACGUGGUCGUGGACGUGGUCGUAGACGUGGACGUGGUCGUCCACGACGUGGAAUUGGACAUAGACGUGGUCGUGGACGUGGUCGUGGACGUGGAGGACUUGGACGUGGACGUGGACGUGGACGUGGUCAUGGUCGUGGACGUGGACGUGGACGUGGACGUGGUCGUGGACGUGGACGUGGUCAUGGACGUGGACGUGGUCGUGGACGUGGAGGACUUGGACUUGGACGUGGACAUGGACGUGGACGUGGACGUGGUCAUGGUCGUGGUCGUGGACGUGGACGUGGACGUGGACGUGGGCCUGGACGUAGACAUGGACGUGGACGUGGCCGUGGUCGUGGACGUGGACGUGGACGUGGUCCUGGACGUGGACGUGGACAUGGACUUGGACGUGGACGUGAACGUGGUCGUGGACGUGGACGUGGUCGUGGUCGUGGACGUGGUCGUGGACGUGGACGUGGACGUGGUCGACGUGGACGUGGAUGUAGAUGUGGACGUGGACGUGGUCGUGGACGUGGACGUGGACGUUGAUGUAGACGUUUACGUGGUCGUGGACAUGGAGGACUUGGACUUGGACGUGGAGGACUUGGACGUGGACGUUGAGGACAUGGUCGUGGACGUGGUCAUGGACGUGGACGUGGACGUGGACGUGGACGUGGUGGAGGACGUGGACGUGGACGUGGAGGACUUCGACGUGGACGUGGACAUGGACACGGACGUGGACGUGGACGCGGACGUGUACCUGGACUUGGACGUGGACGUGGACGUAGACGUGGUCGUGGACGUGGACGUCGACGUGGUCGUGGACGUGGUCAUGGACGUGGUCGUCCACGAUGUGGACUUGGACAUGGACGUGGACGUGGACGUGGUCGUAGACGUGGAGGACUUGAACGUGGACGUGGACGUGGUCGUGGUCGUGGACGUGGACGUGGAAGUGGACGUGGUCGUCCACGACGUGGACUUGGACUUGGACGUGGACGUGGACGUGGACGUGGACAUGAUCGUGAACGUGGAGGACGUAGACGUGGACGUGGAUGUGGGCGUGGACGUGGACCUGGACAUGGACGUGGACGUGGUCGUGGACGUGGACGUGGACGUGGACGUGGUCGUGGACGUGGAGGUGGUCAUGGAGGACGUGGACGUGGUCGUGGACGUGGUCGUGGACGUGGAGGACUUGGAGGUGGACGUGGACGUGGACGUGGACGUGGUCGUGGACGUGGACGUGGUCGUGGACGUGGACGUGGACGUGGACUUGGAUGUGGACGUGGACGUGGACGUGGACGUGGACAUCGUCGUGGACGUGGACAUGGACGUGGAUGGGGAAGUGGACAAGGACGUGGACGUGGACGUGGACGUGGACGUGGACGUGGACUUGGACGUGGACGUGGACGUGGACUUGGACGUGGACGUGGACGUGGACUUGGACGUGGACGUGGACGUGGACUUGGAUGUGGACGUGGACGUGGACUUGGACGUGGACGUGGACGUGGACGUGGACGUGGUCGUGGAGGACGUGGACGUGGACGUGAACGUGGACGUGGGUGUGGACGUGGUCGUGGACGUGGACGUGGACGUGGACGUGGUCGUGGACGUGGACGUGGACGUGGUCGUGGACGUGGACGUGGACGUGGACGUGGUCGUGGACGUGGACGUGGACGUGGACGUGGUCGUGGACGUGGACGUGGUCGUGGACGUGGACGUAGACGUGGACGUAAACUUGGACAUGGACAUGGUCGUGGACGUGGACGUGGACGUGGACGUGGACGUGGACGUGGUCGUUGACGUGGACGUGGACGUGGACGUGGACGUGGACGACGUGGACGUGGAGGACGUGGACGUGGACAUGGAGGACGUGGACGUGGACGUGGACGUGGACGAAGUCGUGGACGUGGACGUUAACGUGGACGUGGACGUGGACGUGGACGUUGACGUGGUCGUGGACGUGGAGGACUUGGACGUGGACAUGGACGUGGACGUGGACGUGGUCGUGGACGUGGACGUGGACGUGGACGAGGUCGUGGUCGUCAACGUGGUCGUAGACGUGGAGGACUUGGACGUGGACCUGGACAUGGACGUCGACGUGGACGUGGACGUGGACCUGGAGGUGGUCGUGGACAUGGUCGUGGACGUGGACGUCUAA